CGAUCGGCCGGACCUGCAGUCAGUCAACGGGAAGAGACUUCCCCAUCUUCCAGCACAGAACCGGUGAAAGAUUGUCGAGAAUUUCUUGGAGAUGAAGCAGAGGCUCCUUUAACUGCUUGCUGUGGAGAUCGGAAUCAAUGGGGAAGGCAGUCUUAUUUACCGACCAAGAGAACGCCUCCCCGCGCUCCGACAGCUAAUUUUAAAAACUCCUGGGAAUACAGCCACCGAGAGUUGCAUCAUUUCUUGUGAAGACAUUUCGUUAUUGUUCAUUGACCUUUCCCUUGUUACUGAGGCCUUCAAGAGGAGUUAUGUCAACUGCAGCCUUGAUUACUUUGGUUAGAAGUAGUGGGAACCAGGUGAGAAGGAGAGUACUUUUGAGCUCUCGCCUGCUUCAGGAGGACAGGUGGGUGACUCCCACGUGCCACAGCUCCACCUCAGAGUCCAGAUGUUCUCGGUUUGACCCCGACGGCAGUGGGCGUCCAGCCACCUGGGACAAUUUUGGGAUUUGGGAUAACCGCAUUGAUGAGCCAAUUCUGCUGCCGCCCAGCAUUAAGUAUGGCAAGCCAAUUCCCAAAAUCAGCCUGGAAAACGUGGGCCGCGCCUCCCACAUUGGCAAACGGAAAGAGAAUGAAGAUCGGUUUGACUCUGCUCAGCUGACAGAGGAGGUCCUCUACUUUGCAGUGUACGAUGGACAUGGGGGACCUGCAGCUGCAGAUUUCUGUCACACUCAUAUGGAGAAAUGUAUUAUGGAUUUGCUUCCUAAGGAGAAGAACUUGGAAACUGUGUUGACCUUGGCUUUUCUAGAAAUAGAUAAAGCCUUUGCGAAUCAUGCCCACCUGUCUGCUGAUGCAACUCUUCUAACCUCUGGGACUACUGCAACAGUAGCCCUGUUGCGAGAUGGCAUUGAACUGGUUGUAGCCAGUGUUGGGGACAGCCGGGCUCUUUUGUGUAGAAAAGGAAAACCCAUGAAGCUGACCAUUGACCAUACUCCGGAAAGAAAAGAUGAAAAAGAAAGGAUCAAGAAAUGUGGUGGCUUUGUAGCUUGGAAUAGUGUGGGACAGCCUCAUGUGAAUGGGAGGCUUGCAAUGACAAGGAGUAUUGGAGAUUUGGACCUGAAAACCAGUGGUGUGAUAGCAGAACCUGAAACAAAGAGGAUUAAGCUACAGCAUGCUGAUGACAGCUUCCUCGUCCUCACCACGGAUGGAAUUAACUUCAUGGUGAACAGUCAGGAGAUUUGUGACUUCGUUAAUCAGUGCCAUGAUCCUACUGAAGCAGCUCACGCAGUGACCGAACAGGCAAUACAGUAUGGUACUGAAGAUAACAGUACUGCAGUAGUAGUACCUUUUGGUGCCUGGGGAAAGUACAAGAACUCUGAAAUCAACUUCUCAUUCAGCAGGAGCUUUGCUUCCAGUAGCCGAUGGGCCUGAGUGCUGGUCUGGACCUGGAAUUUUCUGUGCAACAGUAUUUGCUGAACUCAUCAAGAAACUGAAAGAUGAAAAGAUUCACCUGUGCCAGAGUAACUCUGUGACUGGCUAGUUCAGUACCCACGUCAGUGUCAAUACUAUUUAUAUAGUAGCUUUUAAUAAAUACUGUGCCCGUUCUAUUUAUUUUCAGCCAUCCAUGCUUAGUAUAAAUUUAUGUGCAAUGAAGCUAUUGAGAGUCUCUAAGUUGAGUGGGCAAACGACAGUGGUUUUGUUACAUAUGACAUGUGUUAAAAUUUUUCUUUUACUUUAUGUUUUCUUGCCGUUGUUAGUUGUUCGUUGUGGUAUUGUGAUGCCAGGGAUUGAGCCCAGCGCUUUUCACGUGAAUUUUGAUGUAUGUAACUUCACCUGUCAGACUAGCAUCUCAUUGUCUUGCCCAUUGCGCAUUGUCAAGCGACCCCUCUGCCUCACCCUUCCAAGCAGCUGGGACUAGACAGGGACACACCACUAUGCCUUGCUUCCAAGGGUUUAUAAUUAAUAAAUAUACUAAGGAGUAAAUGUGAGAUCUGGGCUUUUUGUUACCAUAUUUUGUGUUCUGGACCACUUCCUGGUAAAUGUAGCCAUGCAAAAGAAACUAAUUUAGGUAAUAGUCUAUUGCUAAACUGUAUAUUAUUUAUAGACAGCAUACUUGUGAAAGCACCCUUGUCUUUGAUUCUAUUUUUCUAUAGUUAAGUAUGCUCUAUAGAUGUGACUUCCUUAAGAUCAAAAAAGAAUGUGCAUGCUAAGGGUCUUUUGAUCAAAAACAGUACAAAGUUAUAUAUUUUGUAUAAAGGUUCCAUUUGUUGUUUCUAAUUCUUGUUUGUAUGUAAUAUGUUCAUAUCACUUUCUGUAUAGAGUAAGCAAGUUGGAUAAUUUGUUAGUAACAAUAUCACAUGGCGUGAUGCUGAUAUAGACAACUUGAGAUUUAUGUCUCUGUUUUAUGCAUUUCUAAGACUAAUGAGAAAUAAUAAUUCCAAAACAAAUGCUAAAACAUUCUGAAUCUCACCUGGCUAUGUAAUUUAGGAAUGUAAGACCAUAUUUCUUUUUACCUGAAUGUAAGUUUGCUUUUCAACUGUGAAUCUCUAAAUGUGUGCUUGGAAUUAUAUCUGCAGUUAAUUUUCACACUAUGUAAAUUUGUUACAUGGGAUGUGUAUAUAUGUAUAUUUUGGAGUAAUAUAAAAUUAAAGGGAACAAUCUUGUAUAGGUAA